GACAAAUUGCAAAACAUUUCAAAUAGUUCUCAAGACGUCAUUUUUUUUUCAUAAAUCGCCGAAUAACUCGUGGAUUUUCACAAAUAUCUGCUGCCAUCAAAUCAUUGAUGUUUAAAAAAAAAAUGAACAGUCGAGUGUUCAAAAUGAGUUCAAAUGAAAGAAAAGUUUUAUUAUGUUUUUUCAUCAUUGUUGCUACGAACACGAUCCAUUUUGCUUUAGGCCUGUACGAACCUUUGUAUUUAAGAAAAUCAGUUUUAACCAAUAAGUAUACUCUGAUAUAUGAUGUAAUACGUGACGUCACAGACCAAAGACUCUUCGUGAUAGACUAUCUCCAUCACGAUGUAUUAUUAGCAUGCCCGUUGAACCAAAUUUCCGCUCCUUUUAAAAUACAAGAAAGUGCACAAAAAGAAGAAAAAUUCGCUGUCGCUCCUUAUUGCGAAAUACCAAUCAAAUCGCAUGUUUACAAGGUCAAGCCCGACUACACAUAUGGUCUAAACGCCAUUGGAUUUCCGGUUACUGCACCGGACCCAAAUAAAGAGCCAAGUCAUCACUACGCUGAUGUACCCGAAUACAUUGCGAUAGUCAAUUUGAUUGAUUUCACAUUUGACGAGUCGCUACAUCGAGUUAAAAUGGUAGAAUAUCGUCUAGCAGCUGGUAAAUUUUUGAAACCAGAAAUCAGUUAUAACGACGAAGAAUACCAAAAAGACGAAGAUAUGUUUGGAUACGACGUCGACCAAUUAUAUUCUAAAACGAAAUUGCCUUUUGUCAAAGUUCAACUAGCCCCCGAAGAUGAUUUUUUCUUCGACAAUUGGAAAUCCGCAUCACGACACAAUGUCAUAACUGCUCCGAUGAGACGUGAGCUGCUACAUGAGUGGCAAGCUUUAGAAAUAUUUAUACGAAAAGUGACUCAGUUUAUCGAUGAGGUUAACGUGAAGACAGGAGUCUUUGGCACGCUCCCACAAUCCCAAUUCAAUCGUAAGAUGCACUUACACGAUGGAAAACAUCCCAUUCCCAAGUAUUUUUGGAAAGCAAUUCACAUAAAAGUUUUCUCAAUCACUUCUAUGUACACCCAGGGAAUAUUAUUCGUAAUGCAUAACGUCGAUUCGAUAGCCACAUCGAAGGUGGAAAAAAUCUGUCCCAAAGAUGAAGUCUCAUUAUCGAACCUAGGAUGGGAAUUUUCACCUGAUAAACGAUUCAGAUCAUCGAUAUACGGUUGCAUUUUGAAUGUAACCAACGGUAAUGUUUUUCAAGAAAAAUUUUAUACAGACUACGAACUGCUCAAUUUGCACACUGUACCAGUAAAUGAAAUCGACAGUAAUGGCAAUCCGACUAAUUUUCGAAUACUAGACGUGAUAAAUGAAAUACAGAAAUUGAAGCAAGCCACAGAUGAAUUUGCAGCAAAACAGGUCGAAGCGUUGAAGUAUUCGACGAAUAAUAAGUGAAAUAAAUGUUCAAAAUGUAAAUUGAAUAAGAAUCAUUGUAUAAUAACGAAUAAAAUUUAAG